GUGGUGCAUGUGUUGGAGAAGUGCUCUCUCACUGAGGCCAGCUCCGCACUCAGUGAAGAAGUGAGAGGUAGAACAGAAAGAGGAAGAGUCGAUAUGUAGGAGGGGAGAGAGAAAUUACUGACAGUAAACAGAGAAAAGAAAGAGAGAGAGAGAGAGAGAGAGCAGUCACAGACUGACAAAGAAGAAAGAGGGAGUGAGAGAGAGGGAGAGAGAGAGGGAAGGAGGGGGGAGAGUAAGCUCCAUCAGUGCUGAGACAGUCCGCGUGGUGACACAGCCACACACAGACAGACAGGGAGGGAGCGCGAGAGAGAGAGAGAGAGAGAGAGAGAGAGUCUGAGACCCUCUCUGUCUUUCACACACGCGCGCACACACACACACACACACACACACACAUGCGCAGGCAGACUCGCAUGGACACGCUGACAGCGGCAGCACGCAGAGGACCUGAAGUUCUGAGAGCGUCAUGAGCUAUGGAGAGCAUGUAUCUGGGUAACACAUGUCAGGGCACCCUUCUGCCCACCCUGAUGCGGCCGCCCCUCCCCACUGCCAUGCAGUCUGCCCUGGGCAUUAAGCAGUUCCUGCCCUUCUCCCUCGAGCCCCCGUCAGGGGUCAGUCUCUUCCCCAGCUUCAGUGCGAUGGAUCCUGUCCAGAAGGCGGUGAUACAUCACACGUUCGGGGUGGCCCCCUCGCCCAAGCGCAAGUACAUCUCGUGCGGCGUGUGCCAGCUUCGCUUCAACUCGCAGAGCCAAGCCCUGGCCCAUUUCAAAGGGACCAAACAUGCCAAGAAGCUGAAAGCCCUGGACUCCCCCAAAUGCAAGCAGAAAGGCUUGCUGGUCGCCAGGGAAACCAGCGGCAAAGAGACCCCCAGAAGCUUUUCUCCAGCUGCGGCAUCCCUCAGUAUUGACAGAAAAGAUGGCAUUUUGGCGGCGUUGCUGCCACCCAUGCCCGCCUCCUUACCCUUGCCCCUCGCUCCGCCUCCGGCGUCCGGCAUGGGCGGGGGCUCGGGGGUGGACGGAAGCCCGGCGCCGGCGUCGUCAGGGGACGAUGGGAUAGAGGUCAGCCCCGGCAGCCCCGCGAACCCACCGCCGACGCCCGAGGAGCAGACGACCGCGGGCGAGACGGAGGGAGAGGCGGAGGGAGGAGAGGCGGAAAAAGAGGCGGAGGCGGGAGAGACGGAGACGGAGGAGGAGAAGGCCAAGCGUCUGCUGUACUGUUCGCUCUGCAAGGUGGCUGUCAACUCCCCCUCCCAGCUGGAAGCGCACAACAGCGGCACCAAGCACAAGACCAUGCUGGAGGCCCGCAGCGGCACCGGCUCCAUCAAGUCCUUCCCCCGCGCCGGCGUCAAGGCCAAGGUGCCGCCGCCGCCCGCCGCUGCCAUCACGGGCCUGCAGAACAAAACGUUCCACUGUGAGACGUGCGACGUGCACGUCAACUCCGAGACGCAGCUGAAGCAGCACAUCAGCAGCCGACGUCACAAAGACCGAGCGGCAGGAAAGCCGGCCAAGCCUAAAUAUAGCCCCUACACCAAACCCCCGAGAGGACAGACUAAACAACAACCGGGGAAGCUGUCGCUGAGUAAGGAGAUGUGCCCGACGCUGCCAGCCGGGUUGAUGCCCACUCAUCUAGCGGCCAUGGCCGCUGCCGCCGCUGCCAUCAACUCUGCCUUCCCCAUGCGCUCCAGUGCUAACCCCUCCCUCUUUCAGACUCAGUCCCUCCCCGCCGCGCUCCUCCGCCCCGCCCCCGGGCCUGUCAGGACAGCCCACACACCCGUGCUCUUUGCUCCCUACUGACCUCUGGACUUUGAACAUGGAACUGCCUGCGGGAGGGCAGGCUCAGACCUGGGAGUUCCCCAAGGCACUCUACUUGGAACCUUUCCAAUCAACAGCUACACCCCCCCACCCAAAAAAACCUCCCUGAUCCUCCCCUUGGAUCUGAACUUUUGUUUGAUAUCACACCGCAAUAAUUUAAAAAAAGACACCAAGGUAACUAUGCAGUGUUGUUCCAGACUUGAAGCUCUAAAUGUGUAAGGAAUAUAUUGAUUUUAAUUUUUUUUUUUAGAUUAAUUCUCUGUGUCCAUUAAGGUCAUUGCUUCUGUCAGAAACAUGUUCUGCUAUGAGAAUAUUGAUACAGAGAAUAGACAGGCGGGGGAAAUCGUCUUUGCUGUUUGCACUUUAACCCCCUUUUACGCUGGAUGUCCUCAGUAGUUUAGACGUCUGUGACAUAAUCCCUCUUGUAUAGUGUCUGUGUAGGUGGCUAUUUGUGUGUGUGUGUGAUUGGAUUCAUGUGUGUGCCUGUGUAUGAGGAAAUGUGUGGUUGUGAAUGCAUGUGGAUGUGUGCAGGCUGAGACAUCUAAGAGAGAGGGAGAGAGAGAGAGAGUGUGUGUGUGUGUGUGUGUGUGUGUGUGUGUGUGUGUGUGUGUGUGUGUGUGUUUGCAUGUGGUGUGUGUGUGUGUGUGAGUGAAUGAGUGAGUUUAUGUGUGUGCGUGUGCGUGUGUGUGUGCGUGUGCGUGUGCGUGUGUGUGUGUGCGUGUGCGUGUGUCUUUGCUUACAGCAGUGCAAUGUGAGGCUGACGGGGACACCUACAGUACGUGACCUGGAGAUCAGAAGCGGGAUCUUCUCCAAAUUGAAAUGCUGCUGCUCUGUUUCUAGAUCCCAUAACGUAUGGAGCGCUGGCUGCCACGCAAAGGGAUGUGUACAUACAUACAGGCGAGGCGCAGGUGUGCACGGAUUAGUGAUGUGAGUGGGAGAGGAGGACCGAGCGAGCCCGCCUUCCACCUCUGACAUCCUUGCAGACGUCCCAAUGAGUAUGUCAUAGGGCCACAAAAAGCUUGUCUUAUCUGAGCUGUCAAUGUGAAAAGAAGAUGAAUCAUUUCAUUUCAAAUAAAGAAACUUACUUUGUUA